CCUCAACUGUUAGCCUCCACUUUUCUCCCUAUAUAUAAACGACUUCCUUGCCUCCUCAUCCAAUAUCCAAAACCAAUAAUUGUUUACUACAAUAAUAUGGCUUCCAAGAUUGUCUUUCUUGUGUUUCUUGGUGCUUUUCUCUUCACCACUUCUGGGGCUCGCAAGUUGAGUACUGCCUCUUUUCAAGAUGAGAAGUUCUUCCACCGUCCCAGAUAUGGAGGUGGGGGAUUGGGCGGAGGCGGUGGUGGAGGGUUCGGUGGAGGCGGAGGCGGAGGGUUAGGUGGUGGUUCGGGAGGUGGUUUUGGUGGAGGAUCUGGAUUUGGUGGCGGUGUUGGUGGUGGAGCUGGUGGUGGUGGUGGAGGAGGAUUUGGUGGUGGAGGUGGUGGUGGACUAGGCGGAGGGAGUGGUUUUGGAGGUGGAGCAGGGUUCGGAGGAGGCUCCGGUGGAGGAGGAGGACUUGGUGGUGGUGGUGGUGCUGGCGGUGGAGGAGGGUUUGGUGGCGGAGGUGGAGGUGGACUUGGGGGCGGAGCAGGCGGAGGGUUCGGCAGUGGCGCCGGUACAGGAGGUGGAUUCCCUUGAAGGAUAUGAUAUUUGUACUACCAAAGGAGAACAAAAAAGUGUCUUUAAGAAACCCCAUCUCAUAUCAUAGUUUUUGGUAUAUUAUAUUAUAGUUUUUGCAUGUGCAAUAAUGUGGUUUGGCGUUUGUUGUUCUAAAAUUAGAAUUAGGUUUCAUAUGUGGAAAAACUCUCUUUUUAGCUCACAAUUUCUUAUAUUUCUAAUUGUAAUUUCCAAGAAAUUAAAAGAGAAUAAAUUAUUUCUAAGAAAAAAA